UUUUUUCUCUCUCUCUAACUGUUUGUUAUGUUAUAUAUCUAUCUGCAUAUACAAAUGAUACUCUCUUUUUACAUGGUUACUUUUCCAUCCUUUUUUCUGCUUACAUUACGAGAGAAGGGAAAGGCAAGGAGUAUGUGUAUAUAAACAAAAGCUUACAUAAAAAAUAAUUGAGCUUGGUUAAAAGCAAAAUAUAUUAUAAACAAUACAUAAAGAAGGAAAUUUUUCUGGUGUUGAGAAAGAGAACAGAGGAAAAGACAGAAAGAGCAACGUCAGAGAGUUUGCCGUAGGGUUCUCCUUGGUUUGUGGUUUCCGCUUUUUCCUUUUUCUGUUUUAGGUGAGGAUUGUCCUCAGAUCCCAGAAGCUAUCCAGACUUGUUACAUACGAAAAACUCAGAUCUAUGGCUCAUGACAAUUCACAAAACUCCAAAUAUGAGAAAAGAUGAAGGGUUUGAAUAUUUGAUGUUCCAAAAACCAUGUCUAAUUUGACUUCUGCAUCCGGUGAAGCUAGUGCAUCUUCAGGCAACAGAACCGAAAUUGGCACUGAUUACUCACAACAAUACUUUGCUCCACCACUAAGUCAAGCACAGCCUCCUCCACUAAAGAAAAAGAGAAACCUUCCUGGCAACCCAGACCCGGAAGCUGAAGUUGUCGCCUUGUCUCCAAAGACUCUCUUGGCAACUAAUAGGUUCAUUUGUGAGAUCUGCAACAAGGGAUUUCAAAGAGACCAGAAUCUCCAACUUCACAGAAGAGGGCACAAUUUACCAUGGAAGCUGAAGCAGAGAUCAAGCAACGAGAUUAUAAGGAAGAAGGUGUAUGUGUGCCCAGAAGCCAGUUGCGUGCACCACGACCCUUCAAGGGCUCUUGGGGACCUCACUGGCAUCAAGAAGCACUUCUGCAGAAAGCACGGCGAGAAGAAGUGGAAAUGUGACAAAUGCUCCAAGAAGUAUGCUGUUCAAUCAGAUUGGAAAGCUCACUCCAAGACCUGUGGCACUAGAGAGUACAGAUGUGACUGUGGAACCCUCUUCUCAAGGAGGGACAGUUUCAUAACACACAGAGCCUUCUGUGAUGCAUUAGCAGAGGAGAGUUCAAGAUCAGUGACAGGCAUAGGCAUAGUAGCCAACUCAACUUCAACUCAACCAACUGCAGCAGCAGCCUCUCAUCAACAAGACAUCAUCCAUGGUAAUAGUAACAAUUUCUCAUUGAAGAAAGAGCAACAAGCAGGUUUCAGACCACCUUGGAUUGGACAACCAUCACCCUCUUCUGCUUCAUCAUUCUUGGUCUCUCAUCAAGAAAACCCUAACCCUAGAGGUGGUGGUCCUGGUCCCACUCUUCUUCCUCCUUACCAAACAGCUCCUCACAUGUCAGCCACAGCGUUGCUGCAGAAAGCAUCCCAAAUGGGUGCGACGAUGAGCAAAACCGGGUCCAUGAUUGGGACCCACCAACAACAGGCUCACGUGUCUGCCAAUGCCGCUUUGAAUUUGUCCUCACGUGACCACCAGAUGACCCCCACUCUCCAUGGCUUGGUACCUUUCGGGAAUAAAGCUGUUCCUGCUGUUGGUAAUGGUGUUUCUCCUUCACUCCUUCACCAUAUCAUCGACUCUUUCUCUUCACCCUUUGAAGGGACUUCUUUUGAGGACACUUUUGGUGGUGCUGGUGGCGAUGCCAUGACGAAAACAACCACCGCCGAUGACGGUGCCAGAGGAAACAAUAAUGAAGCCCUGACAAGAGAUUUCUUGGGUCUUAGACCUCUCUCUCACACUGAUAUCCUCAACAUUGCUGGUAUGGGAAGUUGCAUCAACUCCUCCCAACAUAACCAAACCCCAAACCCUUGGCAAGGUUAGCUCCAUAUGUCUUAUACAUAUUUGGUUUUUCUUUUUCUUUAUUUCAUUGGUAUAUAUAUACAUUUAUUUUAGCCUACUUUUUAAUUUUGCUUUUGUUUAUGAAUUAUGAUAUAUAUUGUCAAUCUUCCCAAAGUGAAAAACCUUUCGGAGUCCAAAUAUUUUAUUUUCUUAUAUGUAGUUAUUUUACAGAUA